CUACAACGUGUUUUUAUCGCUGGCUGUCCAGACGGAAGGUGCUGAAACGCUUUGUCGCGUGUCUGGAAGAAGUGAAAACUUUCCUGGGCAGCAAAGGGCUCACCUUUCCUGAGCUGGAACAGCCAGAGUGGCUGGAAAAGCUACACUUCAUGGUAGACAUGACAGCGCACCUGAACAUGCUGAACACAGCUCUUCAGGGGAAAGGACGUACAGCCCUGCACAUGUCGGAGGAUGUCUUGGCAUUCGAGCGCAAGUUGACAGUGCUUGCCAGAGAUUUACAGAAAGGCACUUUGUCUCACUUCCCCAAUUUGAGAGAGUUCAAACAAGGUCACGACAUGAUAAUUUCGGAGUAUUUACAUUCUGCAAUCAUCGCAAUGCAAACAUCGUUUGGGAAACGCUUCUGUGAGUUCAGAGAGGAAAAAAACACAUUAUCCUUCCCGGUCACUCCCCUAAGCAUCGAUCCAUCCCUACUGAAUACGACUGCAUUGUCAGGUGUGAGUCAACCUGAUCUUGAGAUGGAACUGGCCGACAUAGCCGACAAAGACAUAUGGGUGUCCAAGUUUAGACGCUUGACAGCAGACCUUGAAGAUGUUGCCCGUCAGAAGGCCGUUCUUGCUCAGAAACACAAAUGGAGUGAUAUUGAAAACCUCACAGAUGACAGCUUGCGAUCCUGUGUAAAGAUGAAGGUGACAUCAUACAGCCCUGAUGUGCAGACGCUGUGCGCUGAGGUCCAGGAGCAGAAAUCCCAUUAACCAAGAUGACAGCUGGCUGACGUUAUUUUUGGUUUGCUGCUGGCGGAAAAUUUAAGUUCGGCGUUUUUCAUAAAUACAAGAAGGACUCAAAUAGACAUUGAGUAUUUUACUUAAAAGUAACUUUCAACCC